CGUGAGUAUUUCCGAGUAUAAAACCCUUCUUUUUCCAGUCCUUCUCACUGUUUGACAUGCCAACACCUUUUCUUCCAACAAGGGCUUUUCAAGCUUAUCAGAUAUUUGCAGCUAAUACAAAUGUAGGGAAGACAAUCUUUGCUACUGGUUUAUGUAGAGCAGCUGCCAUUGUUGCAAAAGAAUCCAAUCGUGACGUGUUUUAUUUGAAGCCUGUGCAGACAGGUUAUCCUGUGGAUAGUGAUGAAAGACAUGUUAAGACAUUCAAUGCAUCUCCUUUACUAAAAACCAACACACUGUACGCGUAUCCAGACCCAGUCAGUCCCCACAUUGCCACUGAUAAGCCUCCACAUGAUAAACAAGUUUUGGACCGAGUCAAACAACAGAUGUUGGAUUAUGUACGACAACAAAAGAAGAAUGGUAGCUAUUUCUUUUUAGAAACAGCUGGAGGCAUUCAUAGUCCUGUCAUGUCAGGUACGCCCCAGGUAGAUUUUUAUCGAGAUUUAAGAUUACCUACUAUUUUGGUCGGUGAUAGUAAUUUAGGCGGGAUCUCUACCACAUUAACUUCACUUGAGUCACUGCAUGUACGUGGUUAUGAUGUGCCUACUAUUUUGUUAUUCGAUCAACCUAGAUAUAGAAACCAUAUAUUGAUUGACAAACAAGCUCAAAAGAUCAAUCAAGCACUGGUCGCCACCAUCCCUCCUCCUCCAGCCAUGCUCCAGGAUCCAGAACUAGAGAAGGCUUCCAUGGAAAAAUAUUAUACAGAAGUCGACGAAUAUCUUGUGCCCAUCAUCAAAGAACUUGACAUUCGACACCAAGAACGCUUUGACCGUCUAGAGACCAUGGCUCAGAAAUCCAAAGAUAUCUUUUGGUGGCCAUUCACACAACAUGAGAUUGUGAAGGACGUUACUGUGAUUGAUUCUGCUCAUCAAGACUAUUUCACAACGUACAAAGCGGGUGCUCCUCAAGAUAUGUUUGAUUCAUGUGCUAGUUGGUGGACACAAGGCCUUGGCCAUGCAAACCCUGAAUUGACACUGGCUGCUGCUCAUGCUGCAGGUCGUUAUGGCCAUGUUAUCUUUCCUGAAUCGACCAAUGAGCCUGCACUUGGUUUGGCUGAGAAAGUCUUGGAGAAGGACACAUGGGCCUCCCGUGUCUUCUUUUCUGAUAAUGGAUCCACAGCCAUGGAGGUGGCAUUGAAAAUGGCCAUGAGUGCUACUGCUAAACGCUAUGAUUUCAGUAUCAAAGAGCCCGUUGAAGUGUUGGGUAUUGAUGGUAGUUACCAUGGUGAUACGAUCGGUGCUAUGGAUGCCUGUCCUCCUAAUGUGUACAAUGAACAAGUCCAGUGGUAUGAGCCCAAGGGACACUGGCUAAAGCCUCCUUCUGUCCAUAUUUCCCACGGCCAAGCCUAUGUCCGACUACCAGCCGAGAUUGCCUCUCAUCAUCAUGACAAGAGCACCAAGGUUGUUUACGACUCAAUCAAUUCGAUCUACUCUAUCCAUGACUCGCUUCAAUUGAAUACUACUCAAGCGACACUUGCUGAAACUUAUAAGCAAUACAUUCGCCAAGAACUCAAGACACUCAAGGCUCAAAAGCGUCGUAUUGGUUCAUUGCUGAUGGAACCUGUCUUAAUGGGUGCAGGUGGUAUGAUUUUUGUGGAUCCUUUGUUCCAGCGUACCUUAAUUGAUGUUGUGCGUCAAGAAGGUUCUCAAUUGCUCUAUGGUAUGGAUCGCAAAGAAGAAGGAAAAGAAGGCUGGCAAGGUUUACCCGUCAUUUUCGAUGAAGUGUUUGCUGGGUGGUACAGAUUAGGCCGUCGAUCGGCAUCUGAAUUUCUUGGAGCGAAACCAGAUAUUGUCGCUUAUGCAAAGACAUUGACAGGCGGACUUUUACCUUUGGCCUUAACUGUCACAAAAGAAAGUAUCUACAAUGUCUUUUUGUCUGAAAAUAAACCAGAUUGCUUGUUGCAUGGCCAUUCUUACACUGCUCAUCCUAUGGGUUGUUCUGUGGCCAAAAAGUCCAUUGAGAGCUUGGAUCAAUUGAACAACAGUGGCUGGACUCCUUUCCGCCAAGAUUGGAAAGCACAUUCUAUUUGGUCUAUGUGGUCUCCUGAAGUUGUGGAUCGAUUGUCUAGACUAAACAAUGUCGAGAGCGUCAUGACACUGGGUUCCGUAUUGGCUAUUGAAUUAAAAGAUGAUCAGAGCAAGGGAUAUAGUUCUUCUGUCAGUAAAUCAAUCAUUCAGCAUUUGCGCUCAGGUGCAUUUAAGAAUGGAUUUGAUGGUACUGAAGAAACAGGCGUCAAUUUGUUUGCCAGACCCCUUGGUAAUGUUGUCUAUCUUAUGACAUCUCAAGUCACUACUCAAGAGCGUGUACGUGAAUGCGAAUUGGCCCUCUUAAACACAUUAGAAAAGCAAGUUUAAUAAAGACA